UGCCGACACACGAUGUCUGAAGUCCUGCCCUCAUGCGAAAUUGUUGGUGCUGCAGAGUAGAGGGAAAGUGAAGACAAACCUCAGGCAGCGCUGGCUCAACAGUUCACGUCGUUCCUCGGACCUCCGAGCCGACUGCGAAAAUUGAACAGACAGCUGCAUACGCCCACACUACGCCCAUCGACCAACUACCAUCAGGAGUCAGACCUCAAAAGCAAUAGGCAGUGCCAAAGCAUCUCUGCUUUUCCGCAUUGAUCAGGUGCAACCAACAACAUCCUCCUAACACAUCGCAUGCUUUCCUCCAGGAGGUAACCUCUCUCCCUAUGGUAUUGGCCCGUGUGGCUGAAUACUUCUUCCCAUCAUCAGGCGAAAAGGAAGUGCCUCUCAACUAUAUCGACAAUGGCCUCCCAUCGGAUACGCGACGGAAGACAGAAGGAUCAUCCGCGAAUAGACCGAGAGGCAGCACCGCAAAGGCUGUAAAUCUCGAGCAUGAAUCGUACCGGCCUCCGUACAUUCAUGCCAUGCUGGCGGGUGGUUUGGGAGGUGCAAUGGGUGAUAUGUUGAUGCACAGUUUGGACACAGUCAAGACAAGACAGCAGGGCGACCCUCAUAUGCCGCCGAAAUAUACGAGCAUGGGAAACACGUAUUGGACCAUCUUGCGUCAGGAAGGCAUUGUGAGAGGGCUAUACGGAGGUGUGACUCCAGCGUUUGUUGGGAGCAUCGCUGGCACCAUGAUCUUCUUCGGCUGCUAUGAGAGUAGCAAAAGAAUGAUGAUUGACAAUGGAGUGACACCUUGGGUCGCAUACUUUGCAAGUGGAUGGGUCGCGGAUCUUGCAGCAAGUCCUCUAUAUGUGCCAACAGAAGUGCUCAAGACGAGACAGCAGCUGCAGGGAAGAUAUAACAAUCCUUAUUUCACGAGCGGCUACAACUACCGCUCGACCAUGGAUGCCCUGAAAACAAUAUACGUCAAAGAAGGCUGGCGUGAGCUCUUCUCAGGAUAUAAGGCGACGCUGUUCCGAGAUCUGCCAUUUUCCGCCCUCCAAUUCGCAUUCUACGAGCAAGAGCAGAAACUUGCGAAAGAGUGGGUGGGACCAGGGAAGGAGAUCGGUCUCGGGCUCGAGAUCCUCACAGGUGCAAGCGCUGGAGGCAUGGCUGGCGUACUGACAUGUCCGCUGGAUGUCGUUAAGACAAGGAUCCAGACUGAGCUUGAUCCAGAACUAGCAGCAAAAGCGAGGGAAUUGAAGACAUCUUCGAAGCCUGCGAAUGCGGGUGGCUCACCCGUUACUACGCCAAAUGCGAACCGUCGUCGACCUACUCCAUCACCAGCCGCCCCUCCCAAGCAACGGGCACCGAUCUCUACUUCAGGCCCGAGCACAGCAUUAAAACAUCACGGCCAGGUACCACUUGAUACCGAGUCUGUCAUGAAAGCUUUGCGCAUCAUUUACCGAACAGAAGGCCUUGCAGGGUGGUUUCGAGGAGUUGGGCCGAGAGGAGUUUGGACCAGUAUACAAAGUGGAUGCAUGUUGGUUGUAUACCAAAAGCUGCUGCGAUGGUUCGAUGCAAACCCACUAGUAAAGAUUGAAGACGAGGACGGCUUGCGAGGAUUCAGCUAGUCACAAGACCCCUCGGGAAAGAGCUCCUGUUAUUUGUACGAUUGCAUUGCAGUGUUGCAUGGACAUGGCGUUGGAGCAAGGUACAGCUGAGCAACAGAAAGGUGCUCGGCACUGAGAAAGCUAUGCAAAGCGACAGUCUUUGCAGUGUAUGUAUAGAUUCCCUGCAUCUGAAAUAUUCACACCACUUCAUUGUC